AAUGGUCAUCGGUCAUUGCUUCUAAUUCAGAAAUUCUUCCAUUUCCUCUCUCUUCUCUCUCUCUCUCUCUAAAACAAUAAUCAAUUUCUCUGUUCUUCUAGAAUACAAUGAAAGCACGAGAGGAGAGAGAGAGCCCUGGCCGGCUUCCUUGAAUAGAGAGAGAAACAUCCUGUCUCUUUCCUUUUCUCCCAAAAGAAAAGAAAGUCAAAGUGUACCAAGUCUCUUCCCAACCCAAACAAAACCCUCAACAAAAUCCCCAAAUCAAAUCUCCAUAAUCAAAAUCCCGAAAUCUCCUCUUCUUCUUCUUCUUCUUCGAAUUAAGUUAAGGUUCUUCUCUGAUGAGUCCGAAUACGCCCACUUCGAGCUCCGGAGGCACCGGAUCGGCCGAUUCCUCAGCUGCCAGACGGAAUUCCAAGCGACCCAAAUAUUCCAGAUUUACUCAGCAGGAACUUCCAGCAUGCAAGCCCAUUCUUACACCAAGAUGGGUGAUUUCAGCUUUUAUGCUUGUCAGCAUUGUCUUCAUCCCCAUUGGAGUUGCUUCCCUCUUCGCUUCACGAGAUGUUGUUGAAAUUGUUGAUCGAUAUGAAACUGAUUGUAUACCUCAGCGCUUUAGAAAUGAUAAGGUCCAAUAUAUCCAAAGCUCUGAAGAUAAAUCAUGCAAUAGAUCAAUAAAAGUUCCAAAGCGUAUGAAGCAGCCUAUAUAUGUGUAUUACCAGCUUGAUAAUUUCUACCAGAAUCACCGCAGGUAUGUUAAGAGCAGAAGUGAUAAACAAUUGAGAGAAAAUAGUAGCGCGGAUGACGUAAGCUCCUGUAAGCCUGAAGCUUAUACAAAUGGGAAGGUUCCAAUUGUGCCUUGCGGUCUCAUUGCUUGGAGCUUGUUCAAUGACACCUAUAGCUUCUCGCGCAAGAACCAACAGUUGGCGGUCAACAAGAAGGGUAUCUCGUGGAAGAGUGAUAGGGAGCACAAGUUUGGCAAAGAAGUAUUUCCGAAACACUUUCAGAGUGGAACUCUUAGAGGUGGUGCUGAUCUUGAUGAUAGCAUACCGUUGAGUGAGCAGGAGGACCUUAUUGUUUGGAUGCGAACCGCUGCACUUCCAACUUUUAGAAAGUUGUACGGGAAAAUAGAGGUGGAUCUUGAGGCAGACGAUGUCAUAGAUGUGACAUUGAAGAACUACUAUAACACUUACAGCUUCAGUGGCAAGAAGAAGCUGGUUCUUUCUACCACUAGCUGGCUCGGCGGCAAGAACGACUUUAUGGGCAUCGCCUACCUCACCGUCGGUGGGCUCUGCUUCUUCUUGGCUAUGGCUUUCACAAUUGUAUAUCUUGUAAAGCCAAGGCAACUCGGGGAUCCUUCAUAUUUGUCAUGGAACAGAAAUCCAGCAGGACACUGAUAAGAUGGCUUGUGGAACCAUAUUUCGUAUUUAAGAUUUGUUUGGCUUGAGAUAUUCAAUUAGUAGAUGUAAUUUUAUGUGUAUUAAAAUUAAACAAACUUUCUGAAAGUGGUCAGUGUAUAACAGUUUUAAAAGGCAUUUUGUCGUGCUUGCUGGGAUUGAUUCUCUUUUCCUCUUCUUUAUGAGAUAAUGAUAUCAAAAGCUUUCUUUUGUAUAAA